CAGGGUCGGCGAUCGAACACGAUGGUGCCCACCACGUGGUGUGCCGCAGCAGCGUAAGCAGCUACAAUAAUAACCGUGUUUGGUAACGAAACGAUAACGCGAACCCGUUCGAUUGGCAAUAACAACAUAUUAAUAUUAAUAAUAUUUUAUUAGGCAUUUUCAUGUAUAUAUAUAUAUAUUUUUUUUUUAUUUUCCUCGCCUCGGCGCCCAUAGUUUUUUAAUACAAUAAUCUCGGGACGAUCUCGCUAACGAGUCGUUCCUGUCGUCGUACGCGCAUUAAAUUAUAUCGUUGUCAAAAACGCACGGCUCUAGACAGCAGUAAACGAUUUCGGUUUUUUUCGAUUCCAUCGUCCACCGGCGGACGCGGUCAAACGCGAGCGCGCGCGCGCCCGCACGAACGCACGCACGUACGGCGGCGGCGGCGGCGGCGUUCGGCUGCUCCACGGCGGCGGGCAACUACACCGGAGGCGACCUGCCCGCAAACCACACACAGUCCCAAUGGCGCGCGGCGGCAUUUGCCGGCGGCUCGGCGUCGUCGUUCUGGUGAUCGUGCCAUGUCUGCUGUUGCUGGUCCAAGAAACGCAACAGGCGGCUUGCAGAGGAUGCACCAAUCCAUUUAAAUGUGAUUGUAAAGGAAUUGUCGGAGAACCUGGUGACAAGGGUAUUUUUGGACAACAAGGUUCAGAAGGACCUCCAGGAGAAACAGGUCCGGAUGGUCCACCGGGGUCAAAAGGAGAAAAAGGAUCUUUUGGUGAACGAGGAGAUCCUGGUUUAAAAGGAUAUCGAGGUGAAAAUGGUUUACCUGGUUCCCAAGGAAUUGAUGGUGAUAAAGGAUAUCCGGGUUUAGCUGGACCACCAGGGCUUAAAGGCUUAGAGGGCUGCAAUGGAACUGAUGGUAAUGACGGACUGCCAGGCGAAGACGGGUUACCCGGUGAACGAGGUCUCACAGGACUUGAUGGUCUACAGGGAUUAAGAGGAGAUCCUGGUGAUGGAGGUGCAAAUACCAUAGGUCUUAAAGGUGAAAGAGGUGAAUCAAGUUUUCCAGGAGCAAAAGGUGAACCAGGAUACCCUGGAAUCGAAGGUGUACAAGGUGAAAUUGGUAUACCCGGAGAACAAGGGCUUACUGGUGAUCCAGGGUAUAAUGGACCAAAGGGUGACACUGGAGACUCUCAACCAGGUUCUAAAGGUGUUAUUGGAGACGAAGGAGAUCGAGGAGAACCAGGACCCCCAGGUACAGUCAUUGACAUUGAAAAACCCUUGGAUUCCCCUACGGAUGCUGAUGUGUACAAAGGACAACCGGGAGAGCGUGGUCCUAGAGGAGAUAAUGGAAUACCUGGGUUAAAAGGCGAAACCGGUGCUAAAGGUCUUAUGGGUCGACCUGGAUACGAUGGAUUUAAAGGAAUAAAAGGUGCACAAGGUAAUGUUGGUCAAAGAGGAAAAGAUGGCAAUGUUGGUAAAGUUGGUCCUAGUGGGAUGAAAGGUGAUAAAGGAGCUCCGGGAUACUCGGGAUUAGCAGGUGAAGAUGGAGAAAAAGGUGGAAUUGGUGAACCGGGACGUGUAGGAAUUCCAGGAGUACAAGGUAGUGAAGGAGAACCAGGUAUAUAUGAUCCAAAUUUGGAUGAAAUUCGAAAUGGUUCUGAAGGACCUCAAGGACCUAUUGGUCCUGAGGGUGACAGAGGAGAAGAUGGAUUACCAGGAAGGAUUGGACAACCAGGAAUUAUGGGACCACCUGGUGAACCAGGACCUCCAGGUAUUCCUGGAUCAAGAGGUCCAAAAGGAUUAUCUAUAAAAGGAGAACAAGGAGUUGAAGGUUUGGCUGGUCCAAGAGGAGAACAAGGACCUCUAGGAUUUCCAGGACCUAUUGGCCCGAUCGGUGAAAAGGGAUUUCAAGGCGUAACUGUGUUUGGACCUCCUGGUGAAGAUGGUCGCAUAGGUCGUGAUGGUUCUCAAGGGCCUAAAGGAGACCAGGGUGAUCAAGGAUUCAAAGGACCAAAAGGUUUCCCCGCAACACGACCAGGAGAACGAAUUGUAGGACCACGUGGAGCUCCUGGUAUUCCAGGAUUUACUGGUAUGCCCGGAGAUCCCGGACUUCCCGGAUUUCCUGGUAGAGAUGGUUUAAAAGGACUUCCGGGUGAUGAUUGCGGUUAUUGCAGUCCAGGAGUUGAUGGAGCGAAAGGUGAUUCUGGAAAUGAUGGACAAAAUGGUGCACCAGGAGCUCCAGGUCUCGCAGGUUUAAAUGGAAUACGUGGACCUAAAGGAAAGAGUGGAGCACCUGGAUUACCAGGUUAUAAAGGAUCGAGUGGAAGACCUGGGUCAAGAGGAUUGGCUGGAAACCCUGGAAUGCAAGGAGAAAGAGGAACACUUAUUUAUGAAAUAUUUUCUAUAAAAUUAGAAAAUGGUGAUAAAGGUCCAAAAGGAUUUCCAGGCAGAGAAGGAGAUAUGGGUUCAAUAGGGUUACCUGGAAAACCUGGAUUACCUGGCCGUACGGGUAGAAAAGGAAUGAAGGGACAUUUUGGAGAUUCAGGAAUACCCGGUAAUGAUGGGCGUUCUGGAGAACAUGGUAGAAUUGGAUUAAAAGGAGAACCCGCUGAUGAAUUAAAUCCUGAAUACUUAAGAGGAGACCCAGGGUAUUUUGGUAUUCCUGGAACUAAAGGUGAAAAGGGUAAUACAGGAGCUCAAGGUGAACCGGGUGAUAGCAGUCAAUUUAUAAGUAAUAAUAAAGGAGAACAAGGCAUUAAAGGCAUACCUGGUGAAAGAGGUCUUCAUGGACUUAAAGGACCAAAGGGAGUAGAAGGAGACCAAGGUUUUGUUGGAUUUCCUGGUGCAGCCGGUCCUCCUGGUCUGGUUACUGAAGGUCCUCCAGGGUUAAAAGGAUAUCCUGGUACUAUGGGUGAUCAAGGUUUGAAAGGAGAGCAGGGAAUUCCAGGAAAACCAGGUGCACCAGGAUUACCAGGUCCACCUAGUCAAAAAGGAGAUCGUGGAGAACCAGGUCAAAGCAUAUUGGUUGGAGAGACUGGUGAUAAUGGUCCAAAAGGAGAAAAAGGUGAACCUGGAGAAGAAGGAACUCCUGGCAAUAAAGGUUAUCCUGGUUUGGAUGCAUCAUAUGGUGCAAAGGGUCAAAAAGGCAGUCCUGGUAUUGUAGGCCCAACUGGAAUUCCGGGUACAAAAGGUGAACGAGGAAUAUCAAUCAGAGGUCCGGCUGGAUUACCUGGAGCACCUGGAUUAGCUGGUUUAUCGAUUAGUUUUGGUGAUGUAGGUCCAAAAGGAUUUGAUGGUGAACCUGGCUUAAAUGGAACUAAAGGCUUAAAGGGAGAAUGGGGCUUAGUAGGUCUCAGAGGAAUGGAAGGUGACCGAGGUCCAGAAGGUAAACCAGGAAGAAAUGGUCAAAUGGGAAAAUUAGGUGAUACUGGUCCGAAUGGUGAUAUUGGUGACAAUGGAGUUCCAGGGUUAAAAGGGUAUGAAGGAAGGCCAGGUAUUUUUGGCCAAAUUGGUGAAAAAGGAAGCCGUGGAGAUUUCGGUUUGCAAGGUGCACCAGGAUUAAGAGGACAAAUAGGUGAAAAGGGUCUCACAGGCAAUCAAGGGCUUCCUGGAAUUCCUGGUAUAAGGGGAGAUUAUUCAUUUAGUGGUCCUCAAGGAGAAACUGGUGCCCCAGGAAGAGUAGGUGAAAUUGGUGCUAUGGGUUAUCGUGGAUUGGAUGGCCAAAAAGGUAUGCGUGGUGACAACGGAACAACAGAAAUUGGAUUGCCCGGUGAAAAAGGUGCUAAAGGAGAACCUGGAAUUGAUGGCAAACCUGGACAACCAGGACGAAAGGGUUUAAUGGGAGAUUUGGGUAUGGUAGGAGAUAAAGGUAUUGCUGGAGAUGAAGGUCCAAAAGGCUAUCCAGGAUUAAAAGGACGGUCUGCCAUACCAGGAUUAAAGGGACCUCCUGGAGCACCUGGUAUACCCGGUAUUCCAGGAAGUAAAGGCCAACGUGGAUUAGAAGGCAUGCCUGGCGAAAUCGCGAAACCAGGAUUACCUGGGGAUUCAGGAUACAGAGGUGCAAUUGGUUUAGAAGGCUUAAAAGGAUUCAAAGGACCCUCUGGAGAUCCAGGUUAUGAAGGAUUCCUUAUUGGAACAAAAGGAGAAGCUGGAGAUCGAGGUCAUGUGCAUUUAAGAGGUUCACCAGGUCCACCUGGCUUAAUGGGAUUACAAGGAAUAAAAGGAGCUAAAGGUGUAAGUGGUGAUGUUGGAGCUCCUGGUCUCAUUGGAUUUUCAGGAAUAUAUGGAAUAAAAGGAGAAGAAGGUGACAUUGGCCCUGAAGGUUUACCAGGUAUUCCUGGCUCCAACCCGGAACAUGGUGAAAAAGGAAGAAGUGGCAUAGACGGAGUUCCUGGAAGCCCAGGAAUAGAUGGACAAAAGGGAGCACCUGGAGAAUAUGGAAAUGAUGGGAUUAAUGGAUAUGCUGGCCCGAGGGGAAUAAGUCCAAAAGGAGAAAAAGGAAAAUCUGGUCCUAGAGGUGAAUCUGUCCAAGGUGAACCAGGAGCUAAUGGUGCUCCAGGAAUUAAUGGACAACCCGGCAGACCGGGAUUAAAGGGUCUGAAAGGUGAAGCUGGUAUUGCAAAAUAUAGCCAAAAAGGAGAACAGGGUGAGUUUGGGCCAGCUGGAUUACUCGGGUUACAAGGUGAAAAGGGUGAUAUUGGAGAAGCCGGGUUUGAAGGAAUGCCAGGUCUUCCUGGAUUAAAGGGAAUACAAGGUAUGCCAGGACAACCCGGAAAUGUAGGAUUUAUGGGAAUACCUGGAAUUAAAGGCAAAAAAGGAGAAAUCGGAGAAUCAUUGUAUUAUAAUGAGACUCAACUUAGAGGACAGACUGGUGAUGAUGGAUAUCCAGGAUUACAAGGAUUACGUGGACAACCUGGCGAUGCUGGAUUGUAUGGACGUAAUGGCUUACAAGGAGAACGUGGUGAUGCCGGUUUCCCUGGCUUACCUGGACACAAAGGACUUAAAGGUCCCAAAGGACAAGUUGGAAGACAAGGGCCCCAAGGAAAAUAUGGUCCGAGAGGAUUUGCUGGUCGCCCUGGAUUGCCUGGUAUUGAUGCUCUACCAAUGAAAAAACCACCACACCAAGGUAAUUUCUUCACAUAUCAUUCCCAAACGGACAUAAUUCCAACGUGUCCAAAGAACACUGUACAACUCUGGUCGGGUUAUUCACUUUUACAUUUUAUGGGCAACGCCAAAGCACAUGGGCAAGAUUUAGGUGCACCUGGUAGUUGUUUGAGGAAAUUCAAUACCAUGCCAUUCUUAUUCUGUGACGUGAAUGAAGUAUGUAAUUAUGGAAGUAGAAACGAUUACAGUUAUUGGCUAAGUACUCCGGAACCAAUGCCUUUAAUGAUGACACCAAUUCUAGGUUCUGAUAUCUCAAAAUUCAUAUCGAGAUGUUCCGUUUGUGAAGCUCCUACAAAAGUAAUUGCAGUGCACAGUCAAUCAAUGGCCAUACCUGAAUGUCCAAAUGGUUGGAGUGAGUUGUGGAUUGGAUACAGUUUUAUCAUGCAUACCGAUUCCGGUGCUGAUGGUGGUGGCCAAUCGUUGGUCAGCCCUGGUUCGUGCUUGGAAGAGUUUAGACCAAGACCAUUUAUUGAGUGCCACGGAAUAGGACGCUGUAACUUCUACACCACCGCUUAUUCAUAUUGGUUGUCUACAAUCGAAGAUCGAGAUAUGUUCAGGAAGCCACGGCCCCAGACACUCAAACAAAAUACGUUACAAACGCGUAUCAGCAGAUGCUCGGUGUGUCUGAGAAACCGUUAUUAAGCCGCCAGUCAAUUUUUAAGAAACGAUAUUCUCUUUUUUCUUUUUUUCAUUAUUAAUAUUUCUUUAUAUGAAUAUUCUAAUACUUAUAAUAUUAUAUUAAACAUAAAAUCGAUGUGUUCUGUUGGGCAACAAGUCAUUAGUAUUUAUAUUUUUUGAAUUAUAUAUAUAUAUAUAUAUAUUUUAUUUAAUAUUAUUCGUAUUUAUACCAUUGUAAUUUACAUAAUGUAUUUCGAAACAAUUUAUGUAAUUUAAAUGAUUAUUAUUUAUAAUAUAUAUAUAUAAUAAUUAUUGUUGUCAUUAAUUGUACGAAGGAAUCGUCUGUGGUAAACUACUGUGUUAACAAUAAAUGAUUCAAUAAUUUUUAAUUGUACUUAUAUCUUAUAUUAACCGGUAAAAUAUAGUUAUGAUAUAGUAAAAAUAUAUUAGAUUAUUUUUAUUUUUUGAAUUA